AAUCACGUAUCCCAUUCUCUCUCUCCAUCGGACUCAUUCAUUCGCAAGCGGCGACGCCAAGGCGACCCGCCCCCUCCUCUAUCAUCUCUUACACUCGUUCGUUCGGCAUCCUGCUGCCGGUUAUCGGCCCGACACCUCACGGAUUGCGACACCCAGGCCCGACUCCCACGCAAACAUAUCUGUCCCCCGUCUCAUCACUCGUUGAUCAACGCUCCUUUUCUCUCUGCUUCUCCUCACUACCGCCUUUUCUCCUUUUUCUAUUAUCCCCUCACAUCCUGCCCCGACCAUGACGUUCUUGGAAACAGCGCGCAGGACGUGGACGCUACUUGUCGCUCCUGAGCUCCCAACGCCUUUCAACUAUGUCCCAUUAGUGUUUCGGCUUCUCGCACUGGCCAUUGCGGCUCCCUUCGUUCUCUUCAUCAUGCUCGAGAUGGUGGCUUACGUCAUCACCCGCACCUUACGCAUAUCCAUUUCAAACCUGCGCGUACCCCGAUCUCCCCCUGCGGCUCCCCGAGAUCUCGAAGACGACACCAUCACGGACCAGCUGGCGGCAUCCAAAACGCCAGCCGAAACACCGGGGAGCACUAAGGGGCAGCCGUUUGCCCGUGCCUUCGGAGCGGCGACGCCCCGCGGCGCUACGACUGGCGCGCUCCUCCUCCUCGCUGCGCUGUUUGCCGCCGGCGUCGCUGGGUUCCAGUUCAUCGUGACGCGCGCGAAUGAGCGCACCGCGCUCGCGCUCGCCGAGGGCUUCGACAGGCCAGCCGUGCUGGUACUCACUGCGCAUCCUGACGACGAGGCCAUGUUCUUCGGGCCAACGAUCCUCAACCUCGUUGCGGCCGGGUGGGACGUUCUCCCUGUUUGCAUGUCGACGGGCAACGCCGCUGGGUUUGGCGGUGUGCGCUCUCUCGAACUGUUGGAGAGCUACGCCCGUCUCGGCGUUUCCACUCCCCCAGUACUCCUUGACAACCCCCUGCUGCCGGACAGUAUGGGAGCUGACGGCGCAUGGGACCCCGCCUAUAUCGCAGAGUUGGUCGCGCCCAUCGCGUCCUCCAGCGGCGCCACACACCUCUUGACCUUCGAUGACGCCGGCGUCACUCAGCACCCUAACCAUAUUGCGCUGGCGCACGCGCGUGCACAUCUUAGGCUAGAGUCGCUGCUGCUGCACUCGCCACGGCUCGCGACCAAAUUCACUGGCGUUGGAUGGGCCAUAUUUGUCGCUGCGCGAGACGCGCUGCGUCGCGGCCCAUCGCACCACGCCACUUUCGUCAGCACACCUGCGCAGUAUGCGCAGACGCUGUACGCGAUGCGGGCACAUGCGAGCCAGCUCGUUUGGUUCCGCUGGCUGUAUGUUGCAUUCUCAAGGCUCAUGUGGGUCAAUCAGUUCAAUUAGCAGUCAAGGUUUAUGGGAUUCAUGCAGUUUAGAUGGAUCUGG